ACGUUGAAUGCGAUGAGUCGUCGAUUGCAUUGAAAGCAAAACAAAUAAAACAAACAUUUGUUUUGGUAUUGAUUUCAACGUUUGAUUUGAUUGUCGACUAAAUUAUGGACACAUUUGCCGUAAAAUGCGAUCACAAGACGAGAAAGUGAUGCUUUCAAACAGCGGUCAAUCAGUGGACAACUACUCAUCAUUUGACAGCUUAAGACAUAAACAGUCAUCCGAUGAGGACAUGAUCGACAUUAAGAGCGCUUCCGACCUCGAGGUCAACAAUACGGUUGACAUGAAAGGCUUUAGUGCCGCAUGUCUUACAAGUAAUGCCACAAACCUUUUGAUACAAUUAGACAAUAAUGAGACCAAUCAUGAAAGCAAUGAAUAUAAUGACAAUGCAUUUACAAGGAGUGGCACUAACAAUGACUUCCGCUCGACAUCCAGUCCAUCGACCACUUCUUCGUCGGCCAAUGAGUUCACAGAAUUCGAUAGAUUUAUUAAAUACACAAAUAAUCCUAAUUCGAGUCCCACUCGAGAAAUGGAGGCCGAAUUGCCUCCCAAUCAGAGCCAUUACGAGGACUUCCACACAAUCGACUGGCAGAGAGACAUCGCGAGGGAUCGCAUGAGACACCGGUUUAUUGUGAAGAGAAAACACAACUCCAUUAUAGAGAUGCUUAAGUCAACGCACGACGCGUGGAGUGGUUGGCUGUGUGUGCUUUUGGUGGGCAUCAGUGCCGGUGCGGUCGCCGGUGUGAUCGAUAUCGGCGCCGGUUGGAUGAAAGACCUGAAGGACGGCAUAUGUCCCGCAGCUUUCUAUUUGAAUCGAGAACAGUGUUGUUGGUCUUCGAACGAUACGGAACUCGAAGGUACUCUGUGGACAGACCAUUGCGAGCAAUGGAAGACUUGGCCGCAACUCAUAGGUCUGAAUGAGAAGUCGGCAAUCGUGGGCUCGUAUAUAGUUUCGUACUUUUUCUACAUCUUGUGGUCAUUCAUAUUUGCUUUGUUGGCCGCGUCUUUCGUGCGGACAUUCGCGCCGUACGCCUGCGGCUCAGGAAUUCCAGAGAUUAAGACAAUACUCUCCGGAUUUAUCAUUAGAGGCUAUUUAGGCAAAUGGACGCUUACUAUUAAAUCAUUGGGAAUGAUGUUAACGGUAGCGGCGGGUCUAUCACUGGGAAAAGAGGGCCCUCUCGUCCACUGCGCCUGUUGUAUAGGAAAUAUAUUCAGUUAUUUAUUCCCCAAAUACGGCAAAAAUGAGGCCAAAAAGCGUGAGAUAUUAUCGGCCGCGUCGGCGGCCGGCGUUUCCGUCGCUUUCGGUGCACCGAUCGGAGGGGUGUUGUUCUCACUCGAAGAGGUCUCCUAUUAUUUUCCACUUAAAACUUUGUGGCGAAGUUUUUUCUGCGCAUUAGUCGCCGCUUUUGUCCUCCGAUCCAUCAAUCCUUUCGGCACUGAACAUUUGGUGAUGUUUUACAUCGAUUACACGCGUCCGUGGAUUCUCUUUGAAUUGGUUCCGUUCAUAAUGUUGGGCGUCUUCGGCGGUCUAAUUGGCAAUAUAUUUAUUAAAGCGAACCUCCGUUGGUGUCAACACAGGAAAUACUCAAACCUCGGCCAAUACCCCAUCAGCGAAGUGUUGGCCGUAACGCUGAUCACAGCAGUGAUCGCAUUCCCCAAUCCCUACACUCGCAUGAAUUCGUCCGAUUUGAUCAAAAUGUUGUUCAGUCCGUGCGGUAUCGCCGACGAGACCCCGCUUUGCAACUAUUACCGCAAUUUCACUAACGUUAACGAACACGUCCAGAUCGCUCAGGCGGGGCCCGGCGUAUACCAGUCCCUCGGGCUCCUCAUUCUGGCGCUUAUAUUCAAAUUAGUGAUCACUAUAUUCACGUUCGGAGUCAAAGUGCCCGCCGGUCUGUUCAUCCCGUCGUUAGCGAUGGGCGCUAUAAUGGGCCGAAUAGUGGGCAUAACGAUGGAACAAAUCGCUUAUAAUUACCCCAAAUGGUGGGUCUUUCAGGACGCGUGCUCUAACUCUGGCGAGAGCUGUAUGAGUCCCGGACUCUACGCAGUGGUGGGCGCGGCUGCUUGUCUGGGAGGUGUGACCCGAAUGACAGUGUCUUUGGUGGUGAUAAUGUUUGAGUUGACGGGUUCUGUCAACUUCAUUGUACCCCUAAUGUCGGCCAUAAUGGCUGCCAAAUGGGUGGGCGACGCGUUGGGGAAGAAGGGUGUCUACGACGCCCACAUUGAACUCAAUGGCUAUCCAUUCCUCGACAACAAGGAAGAGUUCCCGCACACGACUAUAGCCGCCGACGCCAUGAGACCCAAACGAAACGAACCGCCGCUCGCAGUACUCACUCAGGACUCCAUGACUGUCGACGAUAUCGAUAAUCUCUUGAAGAGUACAAACCAUAAUGGCUUUCCUGUUGUCGUUUCGCUCGAAUCCCAAUAUUUGGUGGGAUUUGUGUCGCGAAAGGACUUGAGUUUAGCGUUAAGUAACGCCAAACGCACGUCCGAAGUGUUUGAGAACUCUGUCGUACUGUUCAGCACUGGACACGUGCCCACAGAUCCCGUUCCUCAUCAGCCCAUUAAAUUGAGACGAGUCGUUGAUUUGGCGCCCAUUACUAUCACAGAUCAGACACCUAUGGAAACAGUGAUCGAUAUGUUCAGGAAAUUAGGUCUGAGACAAGUGCUCGUCACACAUAACGGUCGCUUAUUAGGGAUUAUCACUAAAAAAGACAUUUUAUUACAUCUAAAAGAGUUUGAAGAUUUAGACCCGGAAUCGUGGCGUAAAGUGACGGCUUGUGUGGGUCCGGCCCCCCGUCCCCGUCACGGACACAGAGCCGUCGCCAUCAAAGACUUGAUGAUUGUGUUCGGCGGCGGCAACGAAGGCAUUGUCGACGAAUUGCAUGUCUUCAACACCACAACCAAUCAAUGGUUUGUACCGCAAGUGAAGGGCGAUAUACCGCCCGGUUGUGCGGCCUAUGGGUUCGUAUGCGAUGGGACCCGACUCCUGGUCUUCGGAGGAAUGGUAGAGUACGGCAAGUACUCCAACGAGUUGUACGAACUCCAGGCCAGUCGAUGGGAAUGGAAACGACUUAAGCCGCGGCCCCCUAAGAAUGGGGCCAACUAUCCCUGUCCUCGAUUGGGCCACUCGUUUACACUGAUCGGCAAUCGGGUCUUCCUAUUCGGAGGUCUGGCCAACGAUUCGGACGAUCCGAAGAAUAAUAUUCCCAGGUAUCUGAACGACCUGUUCGUAUUGGAGACGCGGCCCUAUUCUAAUGUAAUGCAAUGGGAACUGCCGACGACGUACGGCACACCCCCUCCGCCCCGAGAAUCUCAUACAGCCGUCGCUUACGUCAGUCCCGACGGCAAGAGUUCUAAACUGAUUAUAUACGGAGGUAUGAGUGGUUGCCGUUUGGGAGACCUAUGGCUUCUGGACAUCGAGUCAAUGACAUGGACUAAGCCUUUAGUCGACGGUAUACCACCCCUUCCACGGUCUCUGCAUUCGGCGACAUUCAUCAAUCAGCGAAUGUAUGUCUUCGGCGGUUGGGUUCCACUGGUCUGUGAGAACGACACGAAAACCGGUGGAAGUGUUCAGGAGAAGGAGUGGAAGUGUACCAAUACAUUGGCUGCGCUUAACUUAGAGACAAUGACCUGGGAAUUCAUUACCAACGAGUCGUUUGAUGACUCUGUGCCGCGCGCCAGAGCCGGCCACUGCUCGGUGUCUAUCAGUACGCGACUGUAUGUGUGGUCGGGUAGGGAUGGGUAUCGGAAGGCGUGGAACAAUCAGGUCUGUUGUAAAGACUUGUGGUAUUUGGAGACCGAGAAACCUCCGGCGCCCACAAGAGUACAACUGGUGAGAGCGGCCACCAAUACGUUGGAGAUCUGUUGGGGCGCCGUUCCCACAGCCGACUACUAUCUGCUUCAGAUCCAGAAGUACGACAUCCCUCCCAACCAACAAACACAGUCCGCCGCCGGCGCUCAUCCGCCGGGCAUUCCUUUAGCUAAGACGCCGAUCGCUGUCACGCCUCCCAUCACUCCUCCCGUCACUCCUAAAGGCAUGCAUCAGAUCAACGCAAUGCCGAGUGCACCCGUUAUCACCUCUCAUACGACACCCUUAACCAAUGCACCGACCGGUCAAUUGUCAGGAAUGGCUGCGUUGGCGGCAGCGGCUGCGGCCACACAGAAAAUGGCGACACCAACGCUGCAGACCGUAUCGACUCCACCCGCGACUCCCACUAUCUCUCAAACGGCUGUUCGCGUGAUUACACCCCAACAGUUACAACAAAUACAGACCACAAGCGGUCAGACUAUUAAAUUAGCUUCGGGUUCAGUUCAGGGCGGACAACAGAUCAGACUGAUUACUCCCGGACAGUCUGUCGGCGGAACCAAACAGAUAAUUGUACAGAAAGCGGGACAGGGAGGCACUGGUCAGCCACAGCUGAUGACUUUGGUUAAGACAGCGCAGGGCCUAACGUUAGCGCCGGCGGGUACUAAAGGCGGACAAGUGGUGAAACUGGUGGCCUCUCAACCCGGGCAGAAGCCGGGAACGCCGACUAUCAUUCACGCCACACAGUCUCAGUUGAUUCAGUUCGCAAACACCCUCACCAAUGCAACCGCCGGUCAAAGAGUUAUGACAACUGUUAUGAAAACCAUGGGAACAAAUGUUCAAUCGGUGGACAGUUUGCCCAAAACAGUAAUGUUAUCGACUGGAAAGGCGGGCACCACAACCACCUCAACGCCAGCAAAGAUAGUGACCGGCCCUCAAGGCGUUAAAAUGAUUGUCGUUCAGACUCCACAACAGGCCGGAGCCGCACAACAGUCGCAGACUGUCAUCAUUGGCGGUCAAGGAGGCCAACAGACCACUGGUCAGCCAUUUACGCUUCAACUGCCGUCUUCACUAUUACAGACGGCCACCGGAACCGGCGGCACGAAAACGAUUACAAUCCCCGCGUCAGCCCUCAAGUCUGGAAUCGCUGGCGGAACUCCUAAGAUAGUGUUGGCUUCCGGUUCCACAUUACCUCCUGGUGUUCGUAUUGUGCAGACGGGCGCCGGAAACACGAUGACAUCGGGCGGUCAACGAGUUGUCUUCCUUUCAUCGGCGUCGGCCACCACUCCCACUGGAACUAUCGUCACGAGACCCGCGUCUACAUUAACACCAACGGCAACGGCGGCCGCAACCCUUGUCAAAGCCGAAGCCGCGACACCUAAAAAGAUUCCUCAAUUGGACGGCGCGGACGACGAGCCCGAAACCGAGGACACAAAACCUGUUGUUUCUAAAACAUCUAAGAGUACACUCGAAUCGGCGCUAUUAGGUCAGGGAAGUGGCGCCCCGUCGGCCACUAGUGGUCUGAAAGUGGAAAUGCCGGGCGCAGCGCCUCCUUUGCAAAUGCUUUCUGACGAUCCCGACCCGCCCUCUGCUGUUAAGACAGAGCCUAAUACAGACUCCGAUCCUUUGGCGACACUGGCGUCGGCCGCUAUCUCCUCGGCGGUGACCAAUGGUGUGCCGACACUGAAUGCGGUGAAACCAGCGAUUGUCAAACAGCCGCUUAAGAAUAAGAACCAGUGGUACGACGUGGCGAUACUGAAGACCAAUCAGUGCACAGUUCAGAACUUUUUGAUGGCUCCGGAAGGGCUCGACAAACGGGAUCCGGACGUGGAUUUCGAUUCGAAUACAGUCCCAAAUUUUACUAAUUAUAUGAAAGCAGAUCUCGAACCCGGAACCGCUUAUAAGCUUAGGGUCUGCGCAGUCAACGCCUGCGGACGCGGCUCUUGGAGCGAGAUUUCGGCCUUUAAAACAUGUUUACCCGGAUAUCCCGGCGCCCCCUCUGCCAUCAAAAUAACAAAGAGCGCCGAAGGGGCGCACCUCUCGUGGGAAGCGCCGCACUUGACUUCUGGAGAGAUCACCGAAUAUUCAGUCUAUUUGGCCGUAAAGUCCGCGACAACGGGUGGCGGACAGCAAACGGUAACCUCGAAUCCGAACCAAUUGGCGUUCGUUCGGGUCUAUUGCGGUCGUAUGGCUUCGUGUACUGUCGGGAACACACAUUUGGCGACCGCACACAUCGACACCACAACAAAGCCGGCGAUCAUUUUCCGAAUCGCCGCUCGCAAUGAGAAGGGCUACGGACCGGCCACUCAAGUCAGAUGGCUUCAGGACACGGCCAACGCCACGCCCGCCGCCAAACCCGCACCCAAAAGGGCGUCCACUGCCGCAGCCAACGAACAUACUGCAAAACGGACUAAAACUGAAGCACAAUAA